GUUAUUUUGAAACUGAAAAUGUGAAAUAAAAAAUUGAUAUUUGUAGAGUGUAUGACUAUUAAACCCUUGAAAAUAAAGUAAAUGAAAAAUUACAACAAUAUAGAGAAAAUAAAAAUAAGUACAUAAGGAGAAGCAUCCGGUGCAGGCUUAAACAUUUCCAUAUUCCUCUUUUCCUGAACUUGAUGCAUUCUUCGUCAUCUUCAAAACUUCCAAUUUUGUAUUGAAUGUUGCGUAUUUAUCUUCCUUUCAUGUUAUUCCAAUUUGCUUCACAACCAUCUCCUUCCUCUUUUGGUUCCUCCAAGAAUGUUUGGUACUAUCGCUGCCUUGGCCUUGACCCUUAAACAAAUUUAGUUACCAAUUCGUUUUUCACCACCAAAGUUCCAAUCUUUUGUAUUUUGUUUCAUCUGGGUCACUGUUAGAUUUGAAGAAAAAAAGACAAAGCAUGAUGAAAAAGAGCGUUUUUGAGAAGAACAGGAACAGGGGAGACCAAAAAGCAGGGAACAACAAAAGGUUUUUGGUUACUAUAAACAUCAUGGGAAGUUCGGGUCCUAUAAGGUUUGUGGUGAAUGAGAAAGAGCUUGUUUCUGGGGUCAUUGACACUGCCCUUAAAUCCUAUGCAAGAGAAGGAAGGCUUCCUGUUCUUGGUUUCAAUGCUUCCAAUUUCCUUCUUUAUCAUCCAAAUGCAGAAUUUUAUGCUCUGAAUCCAUUGGAACCAAUAGGAUCUUAUGAGGGGAGGAAUUUCGUGCUGUGCAAAAAGCAGGUUCACCCAUCAAUGAAAGAACCACAAUCAGAGCUGAGAUCUCAAAAGAGCAAUGGUGGCUGGAAAGCUUGGUUAAACAAAUCAUUUGUUUCGAAAAUCUUAUCCAAUUGAUAAUCACAUCUUCAAUUGUGAAUGUGUUCUAAAAUUCAGUUUCUAUUCUGGAUUAUGCUCAAGGUCACAUUACAUGAUAGUGGCCUUAACAUUGAAGUCUAUACAUUCUUCUUCUUCACUUCUUAGUUAUUAAUACAACAAAAUGAUACUUGUACUAUAGAAAGUUAUAUAAAUAAUAAUGGGUUUCUUUAUAUCACAAGCAACCUGUAAAGAUAGAUUAUGAAUUUCAAUUUUUUUUAGAA